AUGGUUGAAAUUGAGUCCAAAAUUGGCAAGCCGGUAAUUGCAGUCACCGAGCACACAUACCAUACGGCGCUCAAUAUGAGUCCGGGGAUUCCAUAUCGUUUCAGAGUUCGUGUUAACGUAGAUGGUUGGGGAGUAUGGAGUGAUCCGCUGUGGUACGAGCUCGGUCGUGGAAUUGUCCAACAACAUCAAGGACCAGAAACGACGCCUUUGGGUGCUGUACCAGGAUGGGUGGUGUUGAUGACAAUGAUAUUAUUCGUGUUGCUGCUUGCAUUUCUUGUUGUGCUAUGUCGUCGGAAAAGGCAUAAUCGCAAGCAAAUGAGUGAUCUAGACGUGCUAGAUACCUACAAACAAGGUAGGUUUCAUAAUUAUGGAGAGUGGCUCAUGUAUUCAUUAGUCACAGGAUACGAGGCGUGUUGUGUUGCUUUUUUGGGAUUCUUUAAAGAGGGAUUCAGGGAUGAGCGGAAGUCUAAAUCUUUCUGA